AGAAGCAGUUUAGGAGGCAGCUGUGAGCUCAACAGAAGUCUACUCUACAAUCAGACUCAUUCUAACCAUAGACAUUCUUACCAUAGACAGAUCUAGGGACUCCUAAUUAUACACAAGUUAUCACCCCAAGGCUACAUUUGAAGAUCUUCGACUUCUUUUCACACAUCAAGAUGUUCCCUCCAGACGUGUGGAAUUCUACAGUCCUGAUGUGGUUCAAUGCGUCUGAGCUGAAUGCUUCUCUGGAGAAUCCAGAGGAGGGGGAGCACCCAUUCCUGACGGACGCCUGGCUGGUGCCUCUCUUCUUCGCUCUCAUCAUGCUGGUGGGGCUCAUCGGGAACUCUCUGGUAAUCUAUGUAAUCUCCAAACACAGGCAGAUGAGGACUGCCACCAACUUCUACAUAGCUAACUUGGCUGCCACAGACAUCAUCUUCCUGGUGUGUUGUGUCCCGUUCACAGCCACUCUCUACCCACUUCCUGGGUGGGUAUUUGGGGACUUCAUGUGCAAAUUUGUUGCCUUUCUACAACAGGUGACUGUUCAAGCCACCUGCAUUACACUCACUGCUAUGAGUGGGGACCGCUGCUAUGUCACAGUCUACCCCCUGAAGUCCUUACGCCAUCGCACUACACGAGUCGCCAUGAUAGUUAGCAUCUGCAUAUGGAUCGGUUCCUUCAUUCUAUCCACCCCGAUUUUCAUGUACCAGAGAAUUGAGGAGGGCUACUGGUAUGGACCAAGACACUACUGCAUGGAGAGGUUUCCCUCAAAGACCCAGGAGAGGGCUUUCAUCCUGUACCAGUUCAUAGCUGCCUACCUACUACCUGUCAUCACCAUCUCCUUCUGCUACACACUCAUGCUGAAGAGGGUGGGCCAGCCGUCAGUGGAACCAGUAGACAAUAAUUACCAGGUCCACCUGUUGUCUGAGAGGACUGUCACUCUGAGGAGUAAGAUCUCCAAGAUGGUGGUGGUGAUUGUCCUGCUAUUCACCAUCUGCUGGGGGCCUAUCCAGCUCUUCGCCCUGUUCCAGUCCUUCUACCCCAACUACAGGGUCAACUACGCCACCUAUAAGAUCAAGACCUGGGCUAACUGCAUGUCCUACGCUAACUCCUCCAUCAACCCAAUCGUUUACGGCUUCAUGGGAGCCAGUUUCCGCAAGUCUUUCAAGAAGACUUUCCCCUUCCUGUUCAAACACAAAGUGAGAGACAGCAGUGUCAUGUCGCGCGUGGCUAAUGCAGAAAUCAAGUUAGUUGCUGCAGAGGAAGGCAACAACGAUGGGAAAUGAAAUGAGCCAUGGUCAGAGUGAGCUUCCGGGGGACAGAGCUGCUGGAGAUUCAGUGCACUGUGCACACAAACAAACAUACACAUGACAGACAGCUGUGAAUGCACACUGCUCAACAUAGCCUGCUGUGAAAUCACACUGUUCUGAAGGCAAACACCUGGUGGAACCAGCAUUUUAAAAUGGCACUUGAUGUGUUUGUUUGCAAUUCUACAAAAUCUGACUGAUCCUGCUCUGUUCUGAUAUUACAGACUUGAAAGGACAUUAAAGGUCCCGAACAGUCAUUCUGGUUCCCAUAUAAAAUAACACCCAUAAUAUUUUUUCCUGAUAAAAAUGCUCAAAUUUUUCUCAUCAAACCAGGAAGUCUGAAAAGACAUACUGAAUUGGAGCUAGUGGGCGGGGAGCUCACCUUGACUGACUGUUCUUUGAAAAAGUCUAGCAACAUGGAUGCAGUGACAUUAUCUCAAGCAUAUUUGCUCAAACAUCAUUGAAAUUGCAUGCAACUUCCAAUCCUGUCAUACAUCACAUCAUGGUGUCAUUCCUGCUCCCUUCUGAUAUUACAGACUUGAAAGGACAUUAAAGGUCCCGAACAGUCAGAAGGUUAUUAAAGGACAUUAAAGGUCCCGUCACCGGUCAACAAACCACCGGACCUGGCAACUCACAUUGCGCACACCUGGCAACCACACACCUGCUCAUCAUUUGCUCCUUGAUUACUCCCCUUUAUUUAGCUCUCACUUGUCAUCAGUCAUUAGGUGGUAUUGUUCUCUCGCACGGUCAGUAUGUGGCUUAUGUUUGUUCUUGUUUAUAAUUGUAUUAUUAAACUCACCUCCUGCUUCCUGA